AUGUCUUCCAUCCACACUGUAACCACACUGUAAUUGUUCUAAUUUAUGUCUUUAAGUUUGCUUGUAAGCUUUGAAAAGAAUGAAAUGUCUACUUAUUUGAUCCUUUUCUGGGCACUUUUUCACUUUAAUUUGAACAGAGGACAGGGUAGAAAUAUGGAAAAAAGGAAUGACAUGGAACAUGGUCCCACAUGUGCUGCUGUAACCACUCGGCUAACGAGGCGCUCCUUGACUAUAUAUUUGAGUUAAGUUGCAUCUAGCUAACAAAUAAAUUGUGUAUUGCAACCUGGUAGUACAGGUAAACUUUAUGUGGUCUUAACCCAUGCCGUUACCUAGCAACGCAAUUCUGUUGAACUAUUUAUCAACAGAAUUCCGUUGCUAGGUAACAGCAUGGGUCAUUCACUCCUUAUUGAAUGACAUCAAAAUGAUGAUAUCAUCUUGGCUUUUAUGCUAGGUUCCGAGCUUCUGCAAGGUUAACUGCAUUUAGUCAUUUGAGACUCGUGAGAAAGUCGUGUUUUGGACGACAUACAUGCUUUUUUGAAUAUAGCCAGGUUAAUAUACUUUAUAAUACCAGGUGAAAAUUAACAUUAUAGGCCUACAACAGAUCCAGAGCUACACAUUUUUCUAAUUUGAAAAAAAAUCACCUACACUCAUUACACAUUUAAGUGUUUAAUUGAUUUCAAUCUAAGUAGUAAUGGCAAGUUAUGCAUAUUCAGCAGAGGAGGACCUAGAUGAGAAUGCUACAAUUGCUGAAGGAAAUGCCUGCAGCAGAAUGUUUUCAGCGCAACAAAUACCUGAAAUUGUUGCAUUAUUUGAGGAGGCAGAUGAAGAUGGUGGUGGAGGUUUGGAUAUGGAAGAAUUUUGUGUUUUGUUUGAAAAGAUGUACCCCUCUGUUAAGAAGGAGGAACUUACAGUCCUACAUAUGCAGAUAGAUACCAACUGUGACGGUACAGUUGACCUGGUAGAGCUUUUAGACUUCUUAAUAGCUAAGGGCAAUGCAUCGGCAGGGUUGGACUUUAAAAGACCAUUCCCUAAACCUGUUGAAUUUAUACCUGUGGGUCACUAUAAAGAAAUUGUUGGUGUGAUCUUCCGUCCCUUCGAGGACGUCAAACCUGAUUUUAGUUUCAGAGAAUUAGACGAAACCAGCACUUACCAGAGAGGCCAAUACAUCUCUGUCAGCUCCGAUGGUGUACUCACCUUCUGGACGGACCGCUGUACAGAUCCAUUCACCAUACCUCUAUAUGUGAAAGAAAAUGCACUUCCUUUUUCACACCACAAGAAAAUGUCUGUUAAUAACAUGCAGUACAUUCAAGAAUUGAAACAGCUGGCUAUCUCCACCUCUGACAGAGAGCUUUUAUUUUAUGACUGCUCUGAAAUACCCUCGCUUUUUUCAGUUAACCACACUCUGAUGCUAGAAGAAAGCAUUGUCAACACCAUUAACUACUGGUCAAAUGGCACUAAAGCAAUGUUUGCAUUUGGUGAUGUACAAGGGUUUUUGACUGUUUUCAUCUCCUACAACGUAAAGAAAAAUGGCCUCUUCAACCGUGGCGUAUUUGAAAAAAUCUCUCUGCAUGAUUAUCCUACAGUAUACAUUUCCAACCUUCUAAACAACCAUUCAAAAGACUUUCUUUGUCUUAAAGUCUCAAUUUUGAGUGACAUAUGCAGCCAGAUCCAAUACUUUCCGGAUCUUAACUCAUUUGCCAUUUGUGGAAGUUUAUCCAAGACAAUGGUCCUGGCUGCCCUACCAAACCCACCCAGAACCACUUUUUCAAAAUCAAUCUUUAAGAGCAGUGGAGAUGAGGGGUUUUUCACCUGUGUUGAAUACUCUCCUUCUGCUGAGUUAUUGUUGACUGGUGGUACAGAUGGCUUACUACGGUUAUGGUUACCCCACAAAAGAGACACCUGCCAAAAGUCUUUGGUGGGACACGUCAGGCCCAUUACAAACAUUGUCGUAAACAGAAUGGACCGAACUGUCAUCACUUUAUCUGAUGACAAAAAUGUUCGUGUUUGGUCUUUGAAGAGAUUGGAGUGUAAGCAAAGCAUUGAGAUUCAAGGCAUGAGACCAGCUCGUAUCUCCAGUAUGUGUUACAACAUACUUAACAAUGAUUUAGUUCUGGCUAACACAGAUCUAGUCAAAUAUUUUGGUAGGGGAACAGAUGCUUUUAAAGAAACAUUAACAUCCCAUGACAAGCCCCUGUGCAAUGCUCUCUAUCACAGCAUUUACAAAAAGGUUGUCUCUGUUUGUCGAAAAGGUGAGGCUACACUUUGGGAUGUCUUAACAGGAAUGGCUGUCAUGCAGUUUCAGGUCACUCCAUAUGGGGGGCACACUGCCAUUGCAUUUGAUAUACCACAGCGGAGACUAAUCACAGUUUCCAAGGACGGGAAAUUAAAACUGUGGAACUUCAUCACUGGAGUUUUGCUUGAAGAAUUUCCUGUAACCUUGCCAAGUGAGGUGACAGGUAUUGUCUGCAUGGACGAUAGUGUGUUUGUGUCGGGAAGGAACUCCAACAGAAUUUGUGUCGUGGGUUUGGAGGGUUAUGACAACAUAUUUUUGGAACAUGAUUAUUUAAAUGACAUUUGCUCAAUGGAUGUGCACGACAACACACUUCUUGCGGCCUCUUGCAAUGGAAAUAUUGUAAUGUGGGAUGUUGAAUCUAGGGAGGUUCUCUACUGGCUGAAUGGCAGUCAGAGCCCUCGAACUUACAUUGCAACAAUAACAGGCAGGACAGGGUGUUUGCCUGAUGGGAAGACACACAAAGAAGAAACUGGAAGGAAACACACUGAUGUGAACACUGGUCCUAUUGUUUUAUGUUUAAAGACAAGGGACGUCAAUGUGCACACAGCCACACUGCUGACUUCUGCCGAUGGCUUUAUAAGUGCCUGGUCGGUAAAAAGCAAGGGAGGUUUGUUAGGGAAGUUCAGGGCAGUGAAUGAUGAAGAUGCAAUCAUUACCACGAUGUCCACUGAUGUCAAUGAAAAAAUAUUGCUGACUGGGGAUAGUACCGGCAGGAUUUGUCAAUGGGACAUUCAGAGAUUUGGAUUUAAAGAUAAGGCAAACACUGGUCCAUUCGAAGACAUAAGAGGGUGGCGCGUGUCAUUGUGUCCACCUCCUCUUUUGGGCACCUGGCAAUCUCACCUCUCAGGGGUGGUGAGUGUUCAGUUUGAUUCUGAUUGUCAAAAGAUUAUUACUGCAGGGUUGGACUGCAAUAUCCAGCUGUGGAAAAACACAGGUGACCACAUUGGAUUAUUUGGGAAAGAUGAAUGGGAUGCUGAUGCAAAGAAAACUACACAGAAGGUAAGAAGACCAGUGUCAGCAGGGAAGGGAAACCAGUUACCAUUUAAGUAUUUCAGGCCAGAAAGAGAAUUGAAGAAAAAACAGGAAGAUGACCUCGACGACAUAAAUGAUGAACUUCCUUUCCUACCCCGGGAUGAUCUAACUGAUAAAGAGAUGGACCGUAUCUAUAGACGGUUAAUGAAAAUACAACCAAGUAUUGACACAAUACAUGAGAAGUUCAAACAACAACAGUCCAUACGCUCUGCCAAGCAAUGUGAUAGUGUGGUCCAGCAGGAGGCAGAACAAGCUUCUAAAGUGCAGCUCAUGAAUAGUAAAAGUUCAUUCAGGCCACACCCGCCUCAGAGCCCGCUCAUCAGUGGCGAGACAGCAGACCCUGAUUUGAAACAGCCUGGAUCUAAAUAUGGCCGUGUGAUCAAGCAUCAGAAUAAAUACCCUUUACAAGGCAGGGUCCUAACACCUUGUCCACCUGACAUCGUGCCAAGCCAGCAGCGGUCUAAGCUAACAACAAAGCAUUCACUCUUGUCAACCAUCCCGAAAGGUGUUCAGCGCGCACAUAAUCAGACCCAGUUCAGACCACACCCGCCUCAGAGCCCGCUCAUCAGUGGCGAGACAGCAGACCCUGAUUUGAAACAGCCUGGAUCUAAAUAUGGCCGUGUGAUCAAGCAUCAGAAUAAAUACCCUUUACAAGGCAGGGUCCUAACACCUUGUCCACCUGACAUCGUGCCAAGCCAGCAGCGGUCUAAGCUAACAACAAAGCAUUCACUCUUGCCAACCAUCCCGAAAGGUGUUCAGCGCGCACAUAAUCAGACCCAGUUCAGGCCACACCCGCCUCAGACCCCGCUCAUCAGAGGUGGCAGCAGCUUAAAAACAAGCUCUUCCCAGACACCUCGAUUACGUUUACCUCCACUCACUGAGAAAGUACAGCUUACCACACGUAGCCGGCUACAACACCAUUUCCAGGCCAUUACAGGCCAUAAAUUAACCAAAAUCAGGGAUUAAUUUCGGGUUUUCCGGCCGCUACGGUUUCCUCCCGCAUUUAUGUAAAUAGAAAAAAUGCAUCCUUUUAAUGACCUUCUGCAGAUCAAAAUACAUCCUCAAACAUGUAGUUUUACUUUCUCAAAAACAAAAUUAUGGAGAUUUGUAUUAUCAGCCAAAUCAACUGUUUUCACAUAGCAUAACUGUUUGUCUAAACUUUAUCAAGCGUAUCAUCUUAUCUCAGCUUUGAUUGUCAUUUUGGGUUUUCUCCGGGUACUGCGGUUUUGUCCCACAUUCUAGUAUAUAUAAAAAAAAAAAUACUUUUCAUGACCUUCUGCAGAUUACAAUACAUCCUCAAACAUUUAGUUUUACUCUCUAAAAAAACAACAUUAUAAACAUAUGUGAUGAUCACAGAUGGCUGGAUCCACCAUGUAUGUAGCAGUGCACACAGUGAAGGUGAACACACUUUACCUUUUUUCAGAAUAUGCUCCACUAACAAACAUGGAGUUGUAAAAGCUCUUAAUGUUCUUGCAGCAUACACUUAAUACCAAGAGCUCUGGAUCUUUUAAAUAGGGCCCGGUAUUUAUAAACUUGUCAAAAGAUAAUCUUAUGAAUGAUUAAAUAAUUUCUGAGAUAAUACAAUAAUAACCAAAUUAUGAAAUAAAUAUUGUGAAAUGUAUACCUACAUGAAUAAAUAAAUAAAAGCUGUUAAUCAAACAGACAUUUAUGUUGAUCUACAUUUAUUAUUUUAUGUUUCUGUAAAUGAGUCUUAUGUAUUAUCACUCGCGAGAGACGAGCCAAUGCCACGUCAUCAGAGGACUACGGAGGAAGGCCCGCCCCGUCUACGCCAGCCAAUCGAUGAAGACUAAAUACGAGUGUGAACGUAUAUAACCAGAUGUUUAAUAUAGAAACAGCCGUUUUUAUUCUACAGAUUUGAGAGACAGCUGCGCUAAUCAAUCAAUCAAUCAAUCUUGCGCUAAGUGGACUGUCUAUCACUGAAGUAGAAAAGACCUCGGCCGAGUACUUCUGCAAACUUAUUGUAUCACUUUAUUUAUAAAUGCUGUUUACUUGACGAGAAGCUUCCUGAAUUAUGUUCAGCUACUCUACCUCAAAGUAAUUACACGCAACACCCCCGACCCUUCUUCCGAAAAUACACUUUUCAGUAGCUUAUAACAUUGAUUUCUAUUCCAUUAAUGUAUGUGCCCACAAAGUGGACAUGCACUGGAAUUGAAUGUUCUAUUUUAUCCCUGCAAAGUCUGCUUUUAAAUUGUGCUGUGCAAAAGUAAAAUUUCAGGUGAUGUUCGCUCUCAGGUUGGAGACAUACUAGAAGAUUAUUCAGCCAGUGAAGAUCAUAUUUGACCAUCUUGACAAAUGCAGGCCAAAUCCUAAUUUUUGGCAAAUGUUAUCGGUAAUGCGAGGGAUUUGCAUGACUAAUUGUAACUACUGUGAGACAACCCAGUCUAACGGCAUUUUGUGUUAUAGUCACGACAUUUAAUCUAAUGAUUCGUGUUAGUUUUUAAAUCCGAGCGCAAUGUGCAAAGUUUGCAAUAUUAUUUAAUGAAUCGUUUACUCUAUUUUUGUUAAAGUAUAAUACUAUUGCUGCUUUACACUUGAAGAAGAUCAGCAUAUAUUUACAGUAAGAAAGCCUCCAAAAAGAUAGUAUGAAGUGUUCAAACUUUUCAAAAUCACUGCGGAUGUAUUCUUGCGGUGUCCGUCUUCUUUACUUUUUCCAAACUUUCUUAAGUGUCUCACAUAGUUUGCCUUCUCUCACCCCUCCUGUCUAUCUCCCCCUCCCCUCAUCUCCUUCUUGUUCCUGCAUUGUUAAAAGUAUUUCUCACGCCAUUCUAGGUUGUAAACCACAUUCAUUAUUGGGGACAACGAGGCAGAUCGUAAAUAAAUAAAACAAUUUCAUGCUUCCUGGUGCACUUCUGAAUUGUGAGUGGGAGUAAGACGAUUCUCAACUGUCCUUGUUCAUCCGACCAAAGCUGGGACGAAAUUAGAUGAGAUUGUGUGUGUGUGUGUGUGUGUGUGUGUGUGUGUGUGUGUGUGUGUGUGUGUGUGUGUGUGUGUGUGUGUGUGUGUGUGUGUGUGUGUGUGUGUGUGUGUGUGUGUGUGUGUGUGUGUGUGUGUGUGGUAAUAAUAGUCUCGCUGAGGCAGGAGGGAUACAGGCCAGAGGACCUCCUGGACCCCCAAACACACACUCAUCCAAUCCAACAGACUCACACGUAGACACAUAUAUACCUGUCCUGCACACAAACACACACGAUGCCCCAAAAAACACACACACACACACACAGAUCGCGGCUCAGCAAGGCUAUUGAAGGUAACACACACACAAGGCCAUGACUCUGCAGCCUGCAGUCGCUGGCUUUAUCCCCCCCUAUUCACCAUCAAGCCCCAUAAGCCCCUAAAGCUUUGUUCCUGCAAUCACACACAUACACAAACACACAAUCACACACUUCUGCUGCAUAAGCACCGAACCUCAGGGGUGCUAGAGUUGCCGUGGACACAGAAACAGAGUUAGAUGGUGUGUGUGUGUGUGUGUGUGUGUGUGUGUGUGUGUGUGUGUGUGUGUGUGUGUGUGUGUGUGUGUGUGUGUGUGUGUGUGUGUGUGUGUGUGUGUGUGUGUGUGUAAAUAGGGGGCGGGCAGGGUCAAUCAGGGGUGUGGUUAGUUUCCCUGUGGGAGGCCGUGUGUGUGUUUGUCAGGGUGUGUCUACACACCACUGAGGAGUGUGUACCUUGUGUACAUAUGUGUGUGUGUGUGGCCCUCCCUCACGGCCCUCUCACGUCCCACUGACCAUGUGUCAUUUCCCCCCCUGCGCUUCUGC